AGUUCUUUAUUUAGAAGAUGAUGAUAUAGGGCAUAUGAGUGAAGGAGAAUUACAUAUUCAUCGUUUAAGACGCGAUGAUGGAAUAUCAGCUGUUCGUUCCAUUCAAACUUUGGAAAUUGAACUUGCAGAAAUUAUGAAAGGAUCUUUCGAUCACUUUAUGCAAAAAGAAAUUUUUGAACAACCUGAAUCUGUGGUAAAUACUAUGCGUGGUCGUGUCAACUUUGAAAAUAAUAAGGUGACGCUUGGUGGUCUUAAAGCUUAUUUAGCAACUAUUAGACGUUGUAGACGUUUGGUUUUCUGUGCAUGUGGUACAAGUUAUCAUUCUUGCGUGGCUACACGUGCAAUUUUUGAAGAAUUAACUGAAAUUCCCAUUUCUGU